AUGUAAGUGAGAUCAGCUGACUGGCGGCGAGUGAAGGCUGCGGGAGAGAAUGAGAGUCACUUUACUACCAGUGUGUUCCUCCUCUAGGCUGCGAGGAGGAUGGAGCAGGGCAGUGGUUCUCACAUUCUCUCCUCCCUGAAGGUUCCUCCGUCUUAUAAUGUAGAGGAGAUUGUGGUUAAUGAGUUUAGUCGCAUGAAAGGUCAGUGCUACCUUGACCAUGCCAGCACAACCCUAUACAGUGAGAGGCAGGUACAAGAGGUGAUGAAGGAGCUAUCUAGGUCUCUCCUGGGUAAUCCACAUUCCCGUCAUACCCCCAGUGACACCUCUACUCAGAAUGUAGAGGCUGUCAGACACAGGAUCUUAAAAUACUUCAACACCACAGAAGAAGAAUAUGACUUAAUCUUCACAUCCGGUGCUACAGCUGCCCUGAAACUUGUGGCAGAGCACUUUGACUGGAACCCUGGACAGCAAGCAGCACUAGAAGACCCCACAGCACUCACCAGCUCAGAGAGAGACACCACAGAGCUGAGGAACAAGUCACAGCACUGCAAACGGAACAAGGAGGAGGAAUCAAGUGCAGGAGCUUUUGUGUAUGUGCAAGAGAACCACACCUCCGUCCUGGGCAUCAGAGGGCCUGCCCAUAAAGCUGGAUGUGACGUCUACUGUCUCACAACCACAGAGGCAAGAGAUCUGCUGAAGGAGGAUGUUAUGAAUGUUACUGAUGCAAAGGAAGUUUCUGUAUCUAGCUGUAAGGAUGCUGGGAAUAGCAGUGAAGACUCAAAUGUGACUGAAUGCUGUAAAAAUCAUCCUAAAAAUUCUUGCAGUCCAAGAUCCUCCACUACAAAAACCUGCUCACCCUCACCACAAGGGCAAAUCAAGAGGAGGAACUGUCUCUUUGCAUACAGUGCCCAGUGUAACUUUUCAGGUAGCAAGGCACCCCUGCAGUGGAUCAGGAGGGUGCAGGAUGGGGCUCUACAUGGCCUCCUCUCAACACCACCAAUGAACAGGCAGGCAGCAGGGAGGAGCAGCACUGAAAGCAGAGGAUGCCCUCAAGGCCCGACCUGGUAUGUCGUCCUAGAUGCAGCAAGCCUUGUGGCCACCUGCCCUCUGGACCUGACUCGCUGGAAGCCGGAUUUUGUCUCAGUGUCCUUCUACAAAAUCUUUGGGUACCCAACUGGUCUAGGCUGUCUGCUGGUGGGGCGGCGGGCAUGGGGACUGCUGCAGAAGACAUACCACGGAGGAGGCACAGUAUUAAUGGUAGACUCAAGAAAUAUUGUGACUGUGCCAAGACCUACACUUCAUGAGAGGUUUGAGGAUGGCUCCCUGCCUUUCCUGAGCAUCCCAGCACUGAGACAUGGCCUGGACACCAUCGAGAGGCUGACAGGCGGCAUCCAGAACAUCGAGGCCCAUGUGUACCGCCUGGCCCGCUACACCCACCACACCCUGAGGAGCAUGAGGCACGCUGGGGGAACACCCGUGGCCCACCUGUUUUUAGCUCCUGGCGAUACCUGGCAACCUGACACUCAUGGUUCCAUUGUCAACUUUAACCUCAAGAAUCCUGAUGGCUCUUAUGUUGGCUAUGCUCAGGUGGAGAGAGUCGCAUCACUGUACAACAUUCACCUCCGCACCGGCUGUGUGUGCAACCCCGGGGCGUGUCAGGUGCAUCUUGGCAUCACCCCUGAAAAGCUCAUUGGUCAGUUUAAGGCAGGUCAUGUGUGUGGGGAUGCACUUGACCUGGUUGAUGGGGAGCCCACUGGGUCAGUUCGGGUCAGCUUUGGUUAUUGCAGCACCUACAAGGAUGCUGACCAACUGCUGAGGAUGGUGCAGGAGUGUUUUGUGGAGCAGCCAAUGACCUUUGACCUGACCUGGAUGGAGGGGGAAGUUGACCUAAGCUGGAUGAGACAGGAGGGAGGGGCAGGAGAGAUUGAUAAAAAAGAAGAGGGUGAUAGUAAUGAUAGUGGAAGGAGAAAAGGAGAGACAGAUGCAAAUGAGGAAAGGAAGGUUGAGUUAUUGGAUAAAGGAAAAGUAAACAUAACAAAUAAUAAAAGUAACAAUAAUGGGAAUAAUAACAACAACAGUAACAGCAUAAAAAAUAACCCUCCGACACAAAGUCACAGAAACACAACCUCAUCUUCUGUCCCAUCAACUCGCAACAUAACCUCAAGCACCCAGGACUCCCCUCAUAGACUCACAGACAUAGUGGUGUACCCCGUGAAGUCCUGUGGUGGGGUGCGGGUGGAGGCGUGGUGGCUGGGCAAUGCGGGGCUGUGGCUGGACCACCGCUGGAUGGUGGUGACUGGGGGAGGGGCAACACUCACCCAGAAGAGGCUCCCCAGCAUGGCUCUAAUCUCACCACGCUUUAACUUGGAGUGUGGGGAACUGGUGCUAUCUUUUGAAGGAGAGGCAGAGGAACUAUCCAUCCCCUUGAACCCCACAGAGCCUCUAGAUACCACAAGAGCAUCCCUGUGUGGUGGGCGGGUGUGUGGGGUGCAGGUGCAGGGCCUGGACUGUGGGGAGGAGGCAGGGGACUGGCUCUCCAGGAUGCUGGGGAUGCCUGACCUGAGGCUGAUGAUGCAGACCAAUCACCGCCCAGGGAAGCUGGGCAAGAGAGGCUCAGGUGCAUCAGGGGAGAAUCUGUCACUGGCCAAUGAGUCUCAGUACCUCGUCAUCCACCGGCCAAGUGUUCGCAGUCUGCUGAAGGAGAUCAACAGCAGAGGAUUAGAGGCACUGACUGAGAAUGAACUGUUGGAGCGAUUUAGAGGCAACUUGGUGACAGAUGGAGGAGAGGCAUACGAGGAGGACUCCUGGGACACAUUGACAAUAAAUGGAACAACUCUGCAGGUUCAGGGAUGCUGUCGGAGGUGCCAGAUGGUGUGUGUGGUGCCAGGGUCAGGGCAGCGCACAAGAGAACCCAUGCUGAGUCUGUCUGCGGCACGUGGGUCUUCUAUGUUGUUUGGGGUCCAUGCCUCAGCCUUGCCAGCAUCUGCAAAAGAGAAGAGGGAGCUGUGCGUGGGAGCAUCAGUAAAAGUGACUGUGAAGUAAAGGAUAUUGCAGCCCUGAGAAAUAGAUGUUGUAGCAGUAAAAGUGAUGAAAUAAAGGAGAGAUGCUGCCUUGAGAGAAUAGAAAAGGAAGGUGUGUGUGGAGGAGCAUCAGUAUAAGUGACCAUGAAAGAUUGCAGCUCUGACAAAAAGAUGAAAUUUCAGUGUUAGUGAUCUUGUAAAAGGAAGACUUGAAAGAAAAAACAGAGCUGUUUGGGGGGCCAGCAGUAGAAGUGACCAUGAAAUUAGAGAUAUGGCAUCUGUAGAAAAGAAGAUAAAGCUAUAACAGUAGAAGUGAUGAUGAAAUAAGGGAGAGAUGUAGUUUUGAGAAAGAGAAGAGAAAGUUGUGUGUAGGACCAGCUAUAGAAGUGACUUUGAAAUAAGAGAGAGAUAUGACCUGAGAAAUAGAAGCUGUAACAGUAGAAGAGAUCAUGAGAGAAAUGCUGGCCUGAGAAGGAGUAGAGAAAAGUGUCUGGGAGCGGUAGUUGUGACCAUGAAAUGAAAGAAGAUACAAUGCCCUAUGUGCUUUAAGAGAUAACAGUUAGCUCAAGAAUUACCGUCCAUAUCAGAGAUAAUCUUUAAUUGGUGCAGUUGGAAAAGACAAAAGAAUGAUGGAUAUGAAUGUGGAUGGAAGCAGGUGAUGUAGGCCAAAGAACAGGCAGAAAUGUUACAUAAGAAACAUGAGAGAGGUCUGAGUGUAACAGAAGACAGCUUUGUGGUUUUAGUACAUCAAAAAAAGACAGGGUUGAUAUAUGAUGCUAUUCAUUGCAUUUGUUAGAUAAGUUUUAAAUAUUACCAAGUUUGAAGGUCAUAUUGAUGUGCCACAAUUUUUCAUUCCUGUAAAACAUAAUUCUGUGAUAAAUUAUGUCUCAGAUUCACAUUCCAUAGAAAUAUACUGAGAAUACAAACCAGUGCAAUUUAUACAAUAUUUAUUGUGACAAAUUUACAUUACAUCUGGUUAUUUACAUGUUAUUGACAAUAUAAUCUAUUUUACACUGACAUGUAGUUUCACUUUAAUAAUAAUACUCUUCCAGUUUCAUGACAUUUAAUAAAUGUUGGACCUUCCUAACUCUCCUCUCGUGUGUAGCUCCUGCCACCACUGCAUGCACACACCCAUCUACACACACACACACACUUUCUCUCUCUCUCUCUCUCUCUCUCUCUCUCUCUCUCUCUCACACACACACACACAGGAUGGCAGUAGUAUCAGCCUUACACAUAACACAGCAACUGAUGCCCCAAGGACCAGGACGGCCUCACCUGGGCAUGACAUGAAAACAAGCAUCCAACACAUGGGGCAAGGGAGGGUGGCAUGAUGCUGCCAUGUCCCCCACAGCACAGUAAAACCCUUCCUGUCAACACACAAGUAUAAAAUCACACCUGGUCCAGCAGCCACCCUCAACGGUGCAGCUGGGAGGCCCGGCAGCCCAUAGCAGCACUGGACUAGGGCAGGGACUUCCCUGGGAACCCCUGAGGGUGGGUAGCUUUGUGCCUGGAGCUGCAGAAAAUGGAGUGCAUGCACAGCCAGUCUUAUAUUUGUGCCUUCAAUUUAUGCUAUGUACAUUUCUUCCACAAAUCAUAACCUAAAAAAUGUCUUCCCAGGAAUAUAUUCUAAACAAAAAUGAAGGAUACAUCCAUUCAGGGGCAUGUUUUAGUCACAAUUUGAGAGGAAAUAAUAUAAAAAGACAAAUAACCAAUAGAGUCAAUCAGAGGCUUCCACCACGCUGACCCAUGGAGGACAAACAGAGGCAGUACUGGGUUGUUACUCUACACACUGGAAAACACACACUUUUUCCUUCGGGAUAACACAGACAUGACAACACUGCAUCACCGGCAGAGAUGCAAGGAGAGCCAAUGGACACGUGCAGGUCACCACCACUGGACCCCAACACCUCUAUUGUCCCGUGAUGCACCUCACACGGCAGGACAGUCGAUGCAAGCAAGGCGGUGCACUAAGAGGCUGAGCAAAGUUUGUCCUGAGAGUUGGGACACGGGCCGUCCCUCUCUCAAGUCCACUCUAAACAUAGACACAGCAUAGAUUCACAUCUUGGUAAAAUAACGAUGCACCACAGUUCUAUAAAAACCACAAAUAUACACCAUCAACACCGCUGAGGAAGUCAUAAGUAAGCGAUUUAUGGAAAAAAAUGCCUUUCUUCUUUCUGCGCACAUUGAUAUUUUCAGUAGUAAUUUGCCUUACUGGAUCUCACUUGCGGUCAUACAGAUUAUCACUUCGAAAACUUAUAUUGGCAGGAAUCAUACAAAGGAAACUAUAUAUUAUUAUUUGUGCUUCAGGAGACAUAGAAUGUACAGCCUAUUUAUUUCACCCAGACUUUUGAAAAUCUUAUGAGCCCUAACCUUUUCUUAACUCAAGGACUGAAUCACAUUUGCUUCCCUGACACACUUUUUCCUGCACCUCAUAUGAAAUGUAAGAUGCCAAACACUUCAGCCAAUGAACUAAGACUAAGGGCAGGGUUGAUGAAGACACUUUCAAAAGCUACAAAACAUAGUGGUAAUUUAAUGCUAUUUACACUGACGCGUUCGGAGUUUCACGACAGUUCAUAAGGAGUGACGGAAACUUGACCCUUAGGUAUUUAAGUAUUGCUUUGGUAGAGAAGACUGUCCAAUCCAGUACCUAUGUCUAGACACCAUAUUUGUGUGAGAGAGAGAGAGAGAGAGAGAGAGAGAGAGAGAGAGAGAGAGAGAGAGAGAGAGAGAGAGAGAGAGAGAGAGAGAGAGAGAGAGAGAGAGAGAGAGAGAGAGAGAGAGA